UGCUCUGAAACCCACCAAUAGAAUGCCAAUACUGCCCAAUGGCUGCGCUGUGAUUGGCUGAAGGGAAAGGCUCGCUGUGCAUUCUUACUGUGCGAUGGGACAUGGCGGGCCGGAGGCAAGUGGUAGCUUGGCUUAGUAAAGCGGAGUGGGAACAGGUUUUGGAAUACCUGUACAGUAGGGACUGCAAACUUCAGCGGGAUGCGCUACACAGGAUAUCUGCGUGGAAGAGCAGGUAUGGCAACAGCAUGCCUCUUGCAGUGGAGUGUACCGCUGAUCUUGUACGUUGCAAAAUCCUGGACAUGAGUGGAGGAAUGGGGGCCGAGGAACUUGUGCUGCUCUAUGGACUUGCCCUUGUCAGGUUUGUAAAUUUAAUAACUGAGCGCAAACAGAAAACAGUAGCCAUUCCUUUGAGGCGACUGGCUAAUGAGUUAAAGAUCCCAGAAUGGGUGGUGAACCUGCGACACGACUUAACCCAUGGAAAGUUACCCAAACUCAGCAUGUGCAGGAAAGGGUGGGACUGUGUGAUGGAGUGGCUGAGGCGUGAGUACUGGUCCCGGCAGCUGGGGAACACACCAUCUACACACUGGGGUUCAGAUGAAGAAAAAACAGAAGAUACAGAGGACGUUCUUCCACCUCUCUCAGUAAAGGAACAGAAAAAGCAAACUCUUACUGGUAAACUAAGAGAUGCUUUACGCUCCUAUAUAUCUGAGCAGUUCAAGAUUUUUCAAGAACUUCAACAGGAGGAGAAAUCAAUGAAGCAGUGGAAUUGUACCGCAGAGCUCGAAUGGCUUAUUGCCCAGGUCAAAGAUCUCUCACGCCAAAAUGGGCCAGACACAUCUGUUGAGACGCUGUUAGAAGAAGGCUUUCUUAUACCCACUACAAAACAGCUUUCAACUCUUAAAAUUGAAAAGGAAGCCAACACUGAAAACUUGCACGUCCCUCGCACGUUUUUCCGCAUCUGGCAUCCCUUGUUGAAGGUCUUGCAUUCACAGGUAUUUACCCAAGAGCUCUUGGAGACUAUGUUUGUCAGCCUGGGGCAGUGCACGGAUCAGAACCUUAGAGCCCACUACCUAAGUUGCUGGAUCUAUGAAGUGUUGUUAGCCAAUCAGCGUGCCGGAGAUAAAAAGAAUACACAAAACUCCCACAAUCAAAUCACAGCUAAAAAUAAGUGGAAAUUGUUUACACACAAAGUUUUUCUCCAGUGGAAAAGGCUAAUGCAAAAAUGCUUGGAAUCUCCAUGUCUGGCAACCCCGAAACUCCUCCAGCUAAUCUUUGAGUAUAUGAAGCCGAGCAUUCCUGCAGAUACCCAGGAGCAGCUCCUUGCACUCUGUUCCCUGUAUGUUCAGAAAGGCGAGUAUGAUCUGUCUGUAGACUACCGGGAUCAGCCAAUCUACACUGUGGAAAGCCUGGAGUGGAAAAUAAAACAGGAUUCCAAGAGCAGAGCUUACAAUCAGUGGGACAGAGCGGCAGUGCAGGAGGAAGGCGAUCAGGAAAUGAGCGAGCAAACUGAGGACGACGAAAUGGCCACGGAGGAAUCGUAUGAUGAGGAAUAUUUUGACGUGAUAAAUACAAAGAUAGGUGCGGAGAGGAGAGCUGCGUUACAUGGAACUGCAUGGGAAGUCAGUGAAGAACUUGUGAAAUGGAGCGAGUAUCCUCUUGGGCUUGUCCCAGGGCAAACGGAGGAUCCAGGCUGCCUUCUAGUAGAGAACUAUUCCGAGAUGUCAGUGUUAGAACAGCAGGGCACAGAGAGCCAAAUGAAUGGACACGGCUUUCCCAUGAGCUCCCCGGCUGUCGCUCCCACCCCAUCUGAAAAUCUACUGUGGAGUCAAAGUGAACUGAAUGAAAUCAAAGCAGGCCUGCGGCUCUUCUGAGGAUGCAUCUUUAUUUCCCUAGGUGCAGCGGCCAGAUUGGUUCUUGUGCACGGCUGUGCCAGAAAGACUGCAAGGUUCCACUGACCCUGUAAAACUGCAGGAUCAAUGUGCUCUAAAAAUACAGUGUGUUAUUAGCAGAUGUGUGUUGUUCCGCCCACGUAUUGUCACUGCCUGACAGUUAGGCCUACAAACGGCUGCACGGAGAAGGGGUUCUUUCUUAAUAGAACCUGCAUAAACUGACAGGGAAACCUAGAGGCAAACUAAUGGUACACCCACAGUUUGUGUAAUGGAGGGAUCUUCUAUGUUUUUUUAAAUUUCUUUCUUUUUUUUAAAAAAAAAAAAAAAAAAAGAAUAUAAACCAUUAAAAGGUUAAAAAAAAAA